AUGAAUGAUUUUCCAAGCGUGACUGUUAAUAAUUUUGAUGCUCCUAAUGACCAUCCUGAUGGUGGAAUUGCAAUUUCAAUUAUAUCCACGAUAAAUAAUCCAUCUCAAAUUAGUGUUGAAUUAGGCGAUAUAAUGUUUGAUAUUGAUCAUAUGAAUCAAACUAUUGGUCAAGUUUGUUCGAAAAAUUUCACUCUUAUGAGGGGUGAUAACAAACUUUCUCUAGAAGGUCGUUUGUUACCUCAAAAUUCAUCUGCUGGAGUAGCGGCUGUCAGUGAUUUGUUUUCAAAAUUUAUUGUUGGCAAAGAUUCUUUAAUUAAUGUUGUUGCUAGAACAGUUAAACCAAAUAAUUCGGAUUCUCCAAUUUCUUGGCUUCAAGAUGCAUUUAACGGAACUGUGUUGAAU